UCUGCUCGUUAAUUGUUAGCAGCCACGUAUUGUAGUCAGGUGUCCAGCUCAAAUUCGGACAGAUUGGGUGAAUGUUUGUCUGUAGUGGGUGUAGCUUCAUGAAGCUACCUCCUCGUCGUAUAACAUGGCUGACACCGCUGCUGGCUGCCCAGGUGUCUCUCCUUUGCAUCCCAAGUUGCAGCAAACCACAGCGACUAGCUAACGUCAAUGUGCAACUUCCUUCUUUCAUGAAGCUCGGCUGCCUCCCUCUUUAUUGAGUCCACUCUGAGUAGAGGUCAGGAAAAAAGAACACAUUUCUAGCAGCCAGGGCAAAACUGAGAGACUGAAAAUCAGUUGUUGCCAUCUGAAGAUGGAGUAACCCUCAAAGCUAUCACCUUCUCCUCAUUUAUCCUCUUACAUCCCGCCUGCUGGGCCCCUGCGGGCCCUCAGGCUGCAGGCGUGAUGCCGGGGACCCCGCUAUGGCGCUUCCUGUCGCCGUUUCGCACCCGCCAGGAGCGGGUGGUGCUGGCCCGAAGCGAGAGCCUGCCCGGGGAGCAAGUUCUAAAGAUCACGGUCACAGAGACCACAUUGAUCGAGGCUGAGUCUGGGGUGUUGAACUGGCGCUCACUGACCUACCUGAGCCUCUGGUACUUCUUCAGCUUCUGCACGCUGUUCCUCAACAAGUACAUCCUGACGCUGCUGGAAGGAGAGCCCAGCAUGCUGGGUGCAGUUCAGAUGCUCUCCACCACCGUCAUAGGCUUCCUGAAGAUGUUUGUCCCCUGUUGCCUGUACCAGCACAAGUCCAGAACCGAGUAUCCCUCCAACUUCAUCAUGAUCAUGCUGUUUGUUGGACUCAUGAGGUUCACCACAGUGGUUCUGGGAUUAGUGAGUUUGAAGAACGUUGCGGUGUCAUUUGCUGAGACUGUGAAGAGCUCGGCACCCAUUUUCACUGUCAUCAUGUCCAGACUGAUCCUCGGGGAGUACACAGGGCUGUGGGUGAACCUGUCUCUGUUCCCAGUCAUGGCUGGUCUGGCCCUCUGCACAGCCACAGAGAUCAGUUUCAACAUGCUGGGCUUCUCCGCUGCUCUCUCUACCAACAUCAUGGACUGCUUGCAGAACGUAUUCUCAAAAAAACUGCUAAGUGGAGACACGUACAGAUUCAGCCCUCCAGAGCUGCAGUUCUAUACUAGUGCGGCUGCAGUCAUUAUGCUCAUACCUGCCUGGGUUUUCCUCUUGGACAUUCCAGUGAUUGGGAAGAGUGGACGGAGCUUUACCUUUAGUCAAGACAUUAUCCUGUUGCUGUUGUUUGAUGGUUGCCUGUUUCACCUGCAGAGCGUCACUGCAUAUGCUCUGAUGGGACGGAUUUCACCUGUUACUUUCAGUGUUGCCAGUACUGUUAAGCACGCUCUAUCGGUUUGGCUCAGCAUCAUCGUGUUCAAUAACCAGAUCACCAUCCUCAGCGCUACCGGCACUGUCUUCGUGUUCAUUGGGGUCUUCUUCUACAACAAGGCCAGGCAGAUCCAGAGAGAGACCUUAAAGGCCAUGGCCGCUGAGCAGAACCACAAACCACUACUGCAAGAGCAGGACUUCCAAGCCUCUCAGUCUCACUGAGGACUCGAUACUUGACGGCUUCACUGCUGCCUGAAAUUAAUUGAAGGUAUCUGCACACAUUCCAGUUAAAGAGUUCACUCUUCUCAGCUUCUGUUCAGUGACAUGCGUGUGUUUGACAAAGCCAUCAGUCGUCCUGUGGAACAGCAUCAACAGUAUUUCUUCACCCUGGCCUAAGUACCACUUUAACCAUGCUUGAUCCUUUUUUUGUUUUCUUAUAUGAGUCAGUUAAUGGAGAAGCUCAGGGUGUUAUCAGCUUCCAGAGUAUGUUGGUUGAUCUCUCACCUGUGGUACAGCAGCUACUAAAUGUAUGGUGUAUGUAAAUAAUUGAAGCUGUAAGAUUUUAAAAUUUGGUGUACUGGUGUGAUGGUGUAAUUUACACUGUAUCAACCAAUGUAAUUUGUAUCUUGAGUGCUUCUGAAUUUAAGAUGUAAAUAAGGUAGCACAGUGCCUGAGAUGGGAGGCCUUUUUUGACAUUUGUCCAGACAAAGCUUAGACUGGACGUUUGACACAUUUUUAAACAAUGUCACACAUUUGAAUGUCACAUACUGCAUUCCAGGAAUGCCCAUUCUCUAUCAUGUACUUGUAGUUGUUGUGUAUAUCUUUGUCAGUAAUGGCCUUCCAAUGGACAUUGGGAUGCAUUGUCAACAUCAGUAGAAAAACAGACUCAGAGAAGGAAUGGAUGGAAAAGUUUCAGUUCCUUACAAAUUUAUAAUCUCUGAGAAUAACGACUGAUUAUGACUUGUGUACUUUUUGUUGUAAUCGGCAUAUUGACUUUACGUCCAACAGUCAGACAAUAAAAGAGCUUCGAAACAAACCACUGUUUAGUAAAACAAUGUCAACAGUCAAAUUAAAGAUGGAGAACAGGGCCUUUGCAUACAUAUAUAAACGUUUGUUAUAUUCAAGGCCUUCCUAAAGGAGUUCACUGAUUACAAAUGUAACUAGUUUUAUUUGAAAUGGUCUCUGACAUCAGCAGGAAUGAAGAAGCAUCUAAGAAGCAUUCAAAAAAGUUUCUAAGAGGUCCAAAAAAAGAAGAACAAGCUUCUCAGCGGAAGCUGUAAUAGUGCAUAAAGAAAGCGACUGACUGUUGAUUACUUUCGCUUGAAGCAUGCUAAAAGAAAAAAGGAUGUGUUGGGCUGUAGGCAUAUGUUGUAUGUGUGUGAUGUAUGCUGGGUUUGGGUAAUUACUCAUACUGCCCAAAAGGCAAGGCAGGGCAAGGCAAGGCAUUUUUAUUUGUAUAGUGCGUUUCAUACCAGGAGGCAACUCAAUGUGCUUUACAUAAAGACAAAGCAUUUAAAAAGAGCAUUAUAAAACAGAAAAAAAAAAUACCAAAGAAAAAGAAAGAAGUACAAGACAUACAUUAAAACAAUGAAGAGGGCCAUAAGCACAUGAAAAGAGAAAUGUUUUUAACCUGGAUUUAAAGGUGCUCACAGUUGGGGCUGAUUUGAGUUUUGCUGGUAGUUUGUUCCAGUUGUGUGCAGCAUAACAGCUAAAUGCUGCUUCAGUAGGUCUCAGAGCUCUACUGGGUUUAUACUCUGUUAACAUCUCAUUCAUGUAUUCAUGUAUUCCAUUCAGUGAUUUGUAAACCAGUAACAGAACUUUAAAAUCUAUUCUGUAGCUGACUGAGAGCCAACAUAAAGACUUUUAGAACUGGGGUGAUAUGAUCUGAUGUCUUUGUUCUGGUUAAAACUCGCUGCAGCUGUUUGAUACUUUUUUGGGUGGAGUCCAGUCAGAAGACCAUUACAGUUGUUCUAUGGGAGAUGAAUGCAUGAAUCAGUUUCUCCUGAUCUAUUUGGGACAUAAAGCCUUUAAUUCUGGAUAUGUUCUUAAGUUGAUAAAAGGCUGUUUUGGUGACUGAUUUGAUAUGGCUGUUGAAGGUCAGAUCUGAGUCUAUCAGCACACCAAGGUUACGGACUUGGUCUUUAGUUUCUACAGACAGUGACUCAAGGUGUUUACUGACAGUAACCCUCUUCUCUUUGUUGCCAAAAACAAUGACUUCAGUUUUAUCUCUGUUUAACUGAAGGAAAUUUUGGUUCAUCCAGUUUUUGACUUGCUCUAAGCAGUGACACAAAGACUCUAUUGGACUGCAGUCAUCAGGAGACAGUGCGAGAUAUAUCUGAGUGUCAUCUGCAUAACUAUGAUAGUUGACAUUAGAAUGUUGCAGAAUUUGACCCAAAGGAAGCAUAUAUAGGCUGAACAGUAGGGGUCCAAGGACGGACCCCUGAGGAACUCCAUAUGUCAUAGUCACUUCGUCGGAUUGAUAAUUUCCAAUGGUCACAAAAUAACGCCGCUCCUCCAGGUAGGACCUGAACCAUUCUAGGACUGUUCCGCUGAGUCCUGCCCAGGUUUCCAACCUGAAGAAGACAAAUGUUCCGCACUGAGUUUUAAUACUCUUCAAAUACCACAAUUUCUUAUUUUAACUUACUGUACUUCCUGUAGAUGUUUGCACUCAGUUAUUUCUUCUUUUUUAUCCCAAGCCCACUCAGUUUUGGUUUUACCCCCAAUUGAAGUGGUAUCUCUUUGCAAACCUGCUGCAUGUUUGCAAGUGUCUGGUUGUCUGACUGUAUAUAUUUGAUCUGUGUUUUUUCCAAUGUUGCAUUAUCCAGAAUCUCAGGUGUUUAUGUUUCUAUCAUAAACUGAAACAACUCAAAUAAAAAUGUAAUAAGCCUUUAAAACAGCAGGUGGUCUUGAAACAGUGUGUACUCCUAAUUCAUAACAUAUCUGUGUGUCAAACAGUGUUGCCCUUUCUGUCCACAUUGAUGAAGAUGAGACUCAUUCAAUAGAAACACGCUCAUGCCACAUUGCCUGAAGUUCACUGAAGUGACCCAUAGGACACCACUGUGUGACUCAUCGUUAUUCUGACAUAUCUGUUAUUCUUAUUGGCUUUUUUUGUCAAAGAUUUUUAGUAAUGCUAAUGUUGUUUUGCUGCCUUUUUUGUGCCUCAAGAAACAACCUUUUGUCUUUUCUCACUUGUGUCGCUCGAUGUGAAAGAGGCUUAAUAAGGUGACUGAUGUAAACAUACAUACUUCUAUUUACACUAUGAACAAAUUCAUCAUACUUGCCUAUUUCCUAAGUUGUUCUCCAUGUGGGCUUAUAUAAAAAAAAAGUGUGGGGUAUGCAUUACUGUUGAUACCUGUAGAAUAUACCUUUCUUCCAUGUCAAGUCUGUGAAAAGCUGCUUCAACACUCAAGUUCGAACAUGUGUGAAGGAGUCUGGGUAAUCAUGAAUUGUAUGAGUGGGAAUGCGCCAAUCAAAAAUGUAAAAAUGUUUAUAAGGAUAUAAUUGUGUCUGGACCCAGAAAAAUAAAAGUAUUUUCUAAUCUGCA